CCAUUUAAUCAUUGAUUAGGCGUUAAAUUUGACACUUGACCCGGAAAGCAGAGGGAUGGCGACGACAUCAGCGCUGCAAGGCACCGGCAGUGGUAUUAACAGCCAUCACCAUCCCCCUACCAACAACAUCAACAAUGGCGUUGCUUUAUCUCCUGAUGAUUUCCAGCUCUCUUCUUCUCAAUUACUCUCUCUUCUCGACUCCAAGGAUGAAGCUCUUCAUGUACUGAAAACGGAUUUGAUGGAUGCACUUAAUAAACAAGUUAAGUCAUUAGAUGAGGAUAGUUGGAUGUUCGAGGCACCUCGAUCUCGAAUCAACCUCAUAUCUAAGCCAGGUAGGUCCUUCGUAAUGAGUAACGCCCAAUUCAAAUGAAUGAAAUUCUCGACUGGAGAUUUGCCUUGUCCCCUUAUUAUGGAUACUGCUACUGCAUUGUAUAAUGUGAAGAAGGUUAUCAUCCUUAUUUAUUCAAGCAUUAAACUUUUAAGAAGUCAAAUCUUUUGAUAGAAAAAUUAAAGCUUGAAGACUCCACUCAAACUUUUGUUGUAAAUUGUAUUUAUCUUUCAUGUGAACUGUUAUUUACAUAAUUAUCUAGGGAGUAGGGAGAGCCUUAGCAAGAGCUCUGUUUGACCAUAUGAGACAUGCUGGCCGGACAUUUUCUGGAAAGUUGUGAACUAGUGAUCGACAUUAAUGAUUAGUGGAAUCUUACACAGGGACUACAA